AUUCGAUUCGUGUCCGUAAUCGUCGCGGACCAGAGUGUGUCAUCUUGCACGCCUUCAUGAACUGUCCCUAUUUGAAUAGACAUGCAUCGCCGUGAUCGUCAACUCUAAACAGCAAGCAUCGAAUGGUGAUAAUUCAGUGACGGCAAAAGAGAACCAAGUGGUGAUUGAUUAAAGAAAUGUACGGAUGCGUGUUGUGGAUAUGUUGAGGAUGACACGACGAAGACCACCAGAUUCGACAUGGAUCUACUUGGUAGCCUGGCUGAUUUCCAUCGUCCUGCCUAUCGUGACCGGAGUGGCGUACAACUAUGCGGAUAAACAGAGGUACGAUGGAUGGUACAACAACCUGGCACAUCCUGAUUGGGGAUCGAUCGACAGCAGGCUGAUACGAAAGAUGCCAGCAGCAUAUUCUGAUGGGGUUUACAUGCUAGCUGGCCAGGACAGACCAUCUCCAAGGAAGCUCAGUCAGCUUUUCAUGCAAGGUGACGAUGGUCUGCCAUCGGUCAAGAAUAGGACAGCAUUAUUCGCCUUUUUCGGGCAGCUGGUCACGUCGGAGAUAAUCAUGGCCAGCGAAAGUGGCUGCCCAAUAGAGUAUCACCGAAUCGACGUGGACAAAUGCGAUCCGGUUUUCGACAAGGAGUGCCAAGGUAACAAGUACAUUCCCUUCCGUCGAGCGGAUUAUGAUCGGCAAACCGGGCGCAGCCCUAAUAGCCCUCGUGAACAGAUAAACAAAGUGACGAGCUGGAUCGACGGUAGCUUCAUUUAUUCGAGCAGCGAAGCAUGGACGAACACGAUGAGAUCUUUCAAAAACGGCAGCCUAUUGAUGGAGCCUACGAGGAAUUUUCCUGUGAGGAACACGAUGCGUGCUCCACUUUUCAAUCAUGCUGUUCCACACGUUAUGAGAAUGCUCAGUCCCGAACGUCUUUAUCUCCUUGGCGAUCCACGAACGAAUCAGCAUCCUCCCUUAUUGGCUCUUGGAAUAUUGUUUUAUCGGUGGCACAAUGUGGUUGCCGCGCGAAUACAACUGGAGAAUCCAAAUAUGUCUGACGAAGAUAUCUUUCAGAAAGCAAGGCGUAUUGUUAUAGCAACGCUUCAGAAUAUUAUCUUGUACGAGUAUCUUCCGGUACUUUUGAAUGAAAAUCCGCCAUCGUACACAGGAUACAAACCAGAUUUACAUCCUGGAAUCAGUCACAUAUUUCAGAGCGCAGCUUUUCGUUAUGGACACACGUUGAUACCACCAGGAUUGUAUCGUCGAGAUGAAAACUGCGAGUAUAGAAGAACUAAUACCGAUCAGCCUGCGAUCAGACUUUGUUCCACAUGGUGGGAUUCUAAUGAAAUUUUAACUAACAGCACAAUCGAAGAACUUCUCAUGGGCAUGACGUCGCAAAUAGCUGAGAAAGAGGAUAAUUUGCUUGGAACUGACAUUAGAAACAAUUUAUUUGGGCCUAUGGAAUUCUCAAGACGAGACUUAGGAGCCUUGAACAUUAUGCGAGGAAGAGAUAAUGGUCUCCCAGAUUAUAAUACAGCUAGGGCACACUUCAAGCUACCUCGUAAGAAAACUUGGAACGAGAUUAAUCCGGAAUUAUUUAACAAAAAUCCCUCGUUACUGCGCACGUUAGUCGAAAUCCAUUCGAAUAAUUUAAACAACAUGGAUGUUUACGUUGGUGGAAUGCUGGAAUCUAGCGCUGGGCCAGGAGAACUCUUCUCAGCUGUGAUUAACGAGCAAUUCCUUCGUUUAAGAGAUUCUGACAGAUUUUGGUUCGAAAAUGAAGAGAAUGGAAUUUUUACAAAAAGCGAAAUAGCAGACAUCCGUCGCGUAACUCUGUGGGACAUAAUCGUAAAUGCGACAGGUAUACCACCAGACGUUAUUCAAAAGAACGUGUUCACUUGGAAAGAAGGAGAUCCUUGCCCUCAGCCUUAUCAACUCAACUCGACAAUGUUAGAACCUUGUGUUCCAUUACAACGUUACGAUUAUUUCGAGGGAAGCGAGCUGGUGUACAUAUACGCGUGUGUUUUUCUGGGUUUUGUGCCGAUUCUUUGCGCCGGCGCCGGAUACGGUUUGGUCAAGCUGCAAAAUCGACGAAGAAGACGAUUGAAAAUCCUCCAAGAAGCGAUACAAAAAAGGAAUGAUGGCAAAAUCUGCGUGGACAAGAUGAUCGUGCGCGAGUGGUUGCACGCGAAUCAUCGCCGUCUGGUCAAGGUGAAAUUCGGGCCGGAAGAGGCUCUGCACAUCGUCGAUCGCAAGGGAGAGAAACUGCGCACGUUCGACUUCAACGACGUGAACACGGUCACGAUGGAAGAAUCGCAGGAAAACGAGAAUGGUCAUCGUAAGGCGUUGGUUCUGUUACGGAUACCACGGGACUACGACCUUGUCCUUGAACUGGAUUCGCUGGCCUCGCGUAGAAAGUUCAUUGCGAAACUGGAGGCAUUUCUGGCAUCCCAUAAAAAGCACUUCACUCUGUCCCAAGUGAGUAGGGACAUUAUGCUUGCAAAAGCGGAAACGAAGGAACGACGUCAAAAGAAACUCGAACAGUUCUUCAGGGAAGCUUACGCUUUAACGUUCGGUUUACGGCCUGGUGAAAGGCGGCGACGAUCCGAGGAUAGCGACAGCGGUGAGGUCGUUACUGUUAUGAGGACGUCACUUUCUAAAAGCGAAUUCGCCAGCGCGCUUGGAAUGCGUGCAGACGCCGUUUUCGUGAAGAAAAUGUUUAAUAUAGUCGAUAAAGACAGAGACGGUCGCAUUUCGUUCCAGGAAUUUUUGGACACUGUUUUGCUAUUCUCUCGCGGAAAAACUGAGGAUAAAUUAAGAAUUAUCUUCGACAUGUGCGACAAGGACAGUAAUGGAGUUAUCGACAAAGAGGAAUUGUCAGAAAUGCUCAGAUCUUUGGUAGAAAUCGCACGCACAACCAGCCUAUCCGACGAUCAUGUCACGGAAUUGAUAGAUGGAAUGUUCCAAGACGCUGGACUGGAGAGAAAGGAUUACCUCACGUAUAACGAUUUCAAGCUGAUGAUGAAAGAGUAUAAAGGUGAUUUCGUGGCGAUCGGUCUCGAUUGCAAAGGCGCAAAGCAGAAUUUCCUCGAUACAUCGACAAACGUAGCCCGCAUGACGAGUUUCCAUAUUGAUCAACUUCCACCAGAGGAUUCAAAGACGUGGGCUCAAAAACAGUGGGACGCUGUUUCAACAUUUCUCGAGGAGAAUCGACAGAAUAUUUUCUACCUGUUUGUUUUCUAUGUCACAACCAUCGCUUUAUUCGUUGAAAGAUUCAUUUAUUAUUCCUUUAUGGCUGAACACACGGAUCUGAGGCACAUUAUGGGAGUUGGAAUCGCCAUAACCAGAGGAUCUGCAGCAGCCUUGUCAUUUUGUUACAGUCUACUACUUUUAACCAUGUCACGCAAUCUUCUGACCAAACUCAAAGAAUUUUCUAUUCAACAAUAUAUCCCUCUCGAUUCUCAUAUUCAGUUUCAUAAAAUUGCUGCGUGCACCGCGUUAUUUUUCUCUGUUUUGCAUACAGUGGGACAUAUGGUGAAUUUUUAUCAUGUCUCUACUCAACCAUUAGCUCAUCUUCGUUGUCUGACCAGCGAAAUUAGUUUUCCAAGCGAUGCCCGGUUGACAAUAUCAUUUUGGCUUUUCAGAACAGUAACAGGUUUAACUGGAAUCCUACUGUUCAUUGUAAUGACGAUUAUUUUUGUCUUUGCUCAUCCAACUAUUCGUCAGAAAGCGUACAAAUUUUUCUGGUCCACGCAUAGUUUAUAUGUAGUAUUAUAUGCGUUGUGUUUAAUACACGGCUUGGCACGAUUGACCGGUUCUCCACGAUUCUGGAUCUUCUUCGUUGGACCAGCCAUUAUUUAUUCCUUAGACAAGGUUGUAAGCCUUCGUACCAAAUACAUGGCGCUAGACAUCAUCGAAACGGAACUGUUGCCAUCGGACGUGAUUAAAAUCAAAUUCUACAGGCCACCGAAUUUGAAAUAUUUAUCUGGCCAAUGGGUCCGCCUUUCCUGUACCGCGUUUAGAUCGAACGAGUUUCAUUCGUUCACCCUGACUUCUGCGCCGCACGAAAAUUUCCUCUCGUGUCACAUUAAAGCACAAGGGCCGUGGACUUGGAAAUUGCGUAAUUACUUCGAUCCCUGCAACUACAACCCGGAGGACGAACAUCCGAAAAUAAGAAUAGAAGGGCCGUUUGGUGGUGGUAAUCAAGAUUGGUACAAGUUCGAGGUCGCUGUGAUGGUUGGCGGUGGUAUCGGUGUCACUCCUUAUGCUUCCAUGUUGAACGACCUUGUGUUUGGAACCUCUACGAAUAGAUACUCUGGUGUCGCUUGUAAAAAGGUUUAUUUCCUGUGGAUCUGCCCUUCUCACAAGCAUUUCGAAUGGUUCAUCGACGUAUUGAGGGACGUCGAAAGGAAAGAUGUUACAGACGUGUUAGAAAUUCACAUAUUUAUUACGCAAUUCUUUCACAAGUUCGAUCUACGUACAACCAUGCUGUAUAUUUGUGAAAACCAUUUCCAGAGGCUAUCCAAGAAAAGCAUAUUCACGGGUUUAAAGGCGAUAAAUCACUUUGGCAGGCCGGAUAUGACUUCGUUUUUAAAGUUUGUUCAGAAAAAGCACAGCUACGUCAGUAAGAUAGGAGUAUUUAGUUGUGGGCCACGUCCUCUAACGAAGAGCGUGAUGUCAUCCUGCGACGAAGUGAAUAAAGGUCGCCGUCUGCCGUACUUUAUUCACCACUUCGAGAACUUUGGCUAGUCUGAUCUAUAUUACUUCGAGAACAAGAAGAACGAUGGACUCUAUCGUGAAUCUCAUGCAAUUUUAUCAAGUGUACAUAUUUAUGCGCUUACCGGGCGUCCCUUAAUUUAUAUAACAAGUAUUAUAUUUCUUAUUUAUGAUUGUGAAAGAACGAAAGAAGUAUUUUUUUCUUUAA